AUGCCCUCGAGGAUCCUUCUCAUAGUUCCAGCUAUCCACCUCGAUCUUCAAGGGGCAGAGACUACUUGCGCCGGACUGAAGGUUACGAGCCUAACCCUUACGGCAAGCAAAUUCAGCACACGAAAACAAGAACUCGGCACUAGGGAGCCUACUAAGCAUGCCCCCCUAGAAUAUGGUGAGAGAAAAGAGCACCGCCAGCUCAGUAAGUUGGCAGAAAGGGCAGGCAGACAUGCUGAAAGGAACUCAAAGGCCAGAAUGGAGUUUAAUGAGCUUCAUAUUGGCCGUAGAAGCCAGAAUUCCUAUGUGAAUCACAAAAGGGAGGCCGACGAGGCUCUCGAAUCAGCCGACAAUUUUCAAGUGAAAGCUGAGGAGCAUGAGCGCCUCUUGAAGGGUUUUAGAGCUAGACGCUAG